CCUUUCUCCCUUUUAUCCAACCAAAAAUCCACAAUCCACAUUCAAAAUUAAUCACGCUCUUAAAUUAAAUCCAUUAAAUCCUUCCUAUAUAUAUUAUACAGAUAGGCAAGAGGAAAAAAAAAACAUCAUCGUUCGUUUGUCUCUGGUUAAUUUUCUCUCACAAACACACACACACACACACGCAUUAACCAUGGUUAAAUGGGUGUGUUUACUAACGACGACGGUGAUGAUCGCCGCCGUCAGUUUGUUGCAUACGUCAGCAGAGCUGGAAAGAUUCGAACAUCCGGCAAAAGGUGACGGAACCCUAACGUUCUUGGUUGUCGGUGAUUGGGGAAGAAGGGGUGAUUUUAACCAAUCCCAAGUUGCUUUUCAGAUGGGAAAAAUCGGAGAUGAGUUGGAUAUAGAUUUUGUGGUUUCAACAGGUGAUAAUUUCUACGAUAAUGGAUUGAAUGGGGAAGAUGACUCGAAUUUUCUCGAAUCUUUUUCGAAUAUUUACACCGCGAAAAGCCUUCAAAAGCAAUGGUUCAGCGUUCUUGGGAACCAUGAUUAUAGAGGUGAUGCGUUGGCGCAAUUGAGUCCUUUUCUUAGGAAAAUUGACAGUAGGUGGCUUUGUUUGAGGUCUUUUGUUGUUAAUGCAGAAAUUGCGGAAUUGUUUUUCGUGGAUACGACGCCGUUUGUGGAAGAGUAUUUCACAAGUCCGGAGGAUCAUGUAUACGAUUGGCGUGGUGUUUCCCCUGUUAAAAGCUAUACUGCCAACUUAUUGAAAGAUCUUGAAUCAGCAUUGAAGGAAUCAAGUGCAACAUGGAAAAUAGUGGUAGGUCAUCAUGCCAUUAGAAGUGUAGGUCACCAUGGCGAUACACAAGAGCUUAUAGAUCAACUUCUUCCUAUUCUUCAGGCGAACAAAGUCGAUCUAUACAUGAACGGACACGAUCACUGCCUCGAACGCAUCAGUGACCAAAAAAGCCCGAUUCAAUUUUUGACGAGUGGGGCGGGGUCAAAAGCAUGGAGGGGGGAUGUAAGUACGUCGAACAAUGCCGGGGUGAAUUUUUUCUACGACGGACAAGGUUUUAUGUCCGUAAAAUUGACACAAAGUGAUGUGGAGAUUGUGUUUUAUGAUGUUUUUGGUAGAUUAUUACAUAGAUGGACUAUGUCCAAGCUGCAGGACUUGCUUCAUCCAGUUAUAUGAAACAACAUAAUUUUUUUGGCAUUUAAAUGUGUCCUUUGUACCUCAUAUUACAUAGAUAUAAUUACAUAGGUGUAAAUAUAAUUUAUAUAUAGUAUUAGUACUCUCCAUUUCAUAGUGUUCUUAUUUUAUUGAAAUAGUCCGCUAGUAUAAUGUAUUUGUGUACGCAUAUAAUAAUAAAAGGCUGUAAAAUCCUAUUACAAUGGAAUAAUUUAAUUAUACUGCAAAAAACCCUCUGUAUUAUAGUAUGUCUCUUUGAAGAGUUUUUUUGUUUUUUUUGUCUCAAAAUAAUUUGU